AUGGCGUCGUCGGCUUCCAAGCGGCUCUUCAAAGAGUACAAGGCACUUUUCAACGACCCACCCGAGGGCAUCACGGCGGGCCCCGUAAACGAAGACGACAUGUUUGUGUGGGAAGCGUUGAUCCAAGGGCCCGAAGGCACGCCAUUUGAAGGCGGUGUGUUCCCCGCGGAGCUGCGGUUCCCCAAGGACUAUCCGCUUGCGCCGCCCAAGAUGAAGUUUGUGACGGACAUGUGGCAUCCGAACGUGUAUCCGAACGGAGAGGUCUGCAUAUCGAUUCUACAUGCGCCUGGCGAAGAUCCCCUGCAGUAUGAACAGGCGUCGGAACGGUGGUCGCCCAUACAGAGUGUGGAGAAGAUAUUGAUUAGCGUCAUGAGCAUGUUGGCGGAGCCGAAUGAUGAGAGUCCGGCGAAUGUGGAUGCGGCGCGCAUGUGGAGGGAGAAGAGGCAAGAGUACGAGAAUAUUGUGCGGACGAAUGUGAGGAAGAGCCUGGGACUGUGA